GGGCGUUUACGCUGCGUUAUAGAUCCAUGGUUCGCUGCUGCAGAGUCACCUCUGUCAGGAUGGAGCAGAGCGAGCUAAUAUUUCGCUAAAACUCGGACAAUCUCAGCCUAAAACCGCCGCAAACGAGCGAUCAAACCGCACCACGGGUUUAUUUUACACUGUGCGGCGUUUCCAGCUCGUUUUCCGCCAAAAUGAUGGAAGAAAUGGACCGGUUCCAGGUGCCUCCGGUGAACGGGGAGACGCUGGACCCAGCGACCUCCUCAUCAGAGGGCGGACCCGACUCCAAAGGAGAAACUGUGGCUCUCAACUACAAGCCCUCCCCCCUGCAGGUCCAGAUAGAGAAACAGAGGGACUUGGCCCGUAAAGGAUCGGUGAAGAACGGUUCGGUGGGGAGUCCAGUGAACCAGCAACCCAAGAAGAACGCACGCACACGGCUGGUGGUCCCAAACAAAGGAUACUCAUCCUUAGACCAGAGUCCAGACGAGAAGCCGUUGGUGGCUCUGGACACAGACAGUGAUGAUGACUUCGACAUGUCCAGGUACUCUUCAUCUGGAUACUCCUCAGCCGAGCAAAUCAACCAGGACCUGAACAUCCAGCUGCUGAAGGACGGAUACCGAUUGGACGAAAUCCCGGACGACGAAGACUUGGAUCUGAUACCUCCCAAGUCCGUGAACCCCACCUGUAUGUGCUGCCAGUCUGCGCCCUCCAUGGCUUGCCAAAUACAGUGACCCCUAACCUCUGACCCUGCUCACCCUGUGUCAACUUAAACGAACCACCACCGCCCCCUCCAGUCUGCGCCCUUCACAGCCUGCCAGAUACAGUGACCUAAGAUCGAACCACUGACCUCCUAGUCUGCCAGUGACCCCUGACCUCCGACCCAGCUCUCCAUGUCCACCUAACCUUACAACCACCGCCCCCAGUCUACGCCAUCCAUAGCCUGCCAAAUACAGAGACCGCCAACGAAGCUCGCCAACAGAACUCCACCGCCCAGGUUCAGAAGGACUGUCAGUUUGUGCUUUAAAAAAAUGGACUUUUGAAAUUCCUGCGUUUGCUGUAGUGAGCCUGCAGGACAGUAAACUGAAACCUGUUCAAGGAGUUCUUUUCACUGUAUACCUCUUACAUGUGACCACAAGGUCAGUCAAGUUUGAACUGGUUUCCCAUUGAGAAAUAGAGCCAGCGCCAUAAAGUAAAAAUUACUAUUAUACAAACAUAUUUACACUCAGACAAACUAAAACUUUGCAGAAUGAAAACCUUUCAGUCGUAUGUAACUAAAUAGAACAGUUUUGAGCUUGGAUUUAAACAUCAUCAGACAUAAAGCAGGACAAUACCAGUAAACCAGUUUUAAAUCUACAGUAUCAUUAAAAGGCCUGAGCUGUGACAGAUAAACAGCAGAAGGAACUGAUAAUUACCCAUAGAAGUUAUUUAUUACCCCCUCUAUAUCUCAAAGCUGACCUUAUUACAUAAAAUAUCAAAAUCUCCACACUAUCGCAAAGAAAAUGUGCACCGGAUAAAUAUUGAGCCCCAAAAUAUAUUGUUCAAGCUUUCAUAUAAUGAACGAUAAGUUGAUAUAGUGAUUGUUGUGACAGGCCUAACCAUCGACCCCCUCCCACCACCAACACACACACACACACACACCACAUUGAUACUAGGCAAUGAUGUGGUUGGAGUGUCUUGCCUAAAGACACAACAACAGUUUUGCCACUGCUUACCAACUCUGGCGCCUGGUAUUCCCAGCGGUCUCCCAUCCAAGUACUAACUAGGCCCAGCCCUGCUUGGCAAGAGAUCUGACCAUGAACCAGCUCGCCAUAUACCCCUGCCCUGAACACCACAGCCAACCCACAGUACCACAACCAAGCCGACCCACACUACCACAGCCGGGCCGGCCUACACUACUACAACCAACCUGAACCACACUACCACAACUGACCUCCUCCAUGUGCUGCCAGAUAACAAAACUCACCACUCAAAGCUGUGGUUGCAGUAUAGAACCUGAAGGAAGGACAUCUGCAGUUGACCCUUCAGUGUCUCUGGGUUAAACCUGCAUUUGACCCAACUUUCAGUGUCUCUGGGUUAAACAUCUUCAGAUCUUGAGCUAGUCUUGGGUCAGGACUAGCUUGGCUGGAUAAUUUGACCUAUUGUGCAUGUUUUAGGUUGAUGGGGCAGACUAGGACAUUGAGGAAGAUUUGGGAAUUUCUUGGAAGACGUUGAACUAUUGCAGUGUUUUCCCUUCACAUUCUUCAGAUCAAUCUUGUUGUAAUAAUUUCCCUAAUUGCUCAAACGCAGUCGUAAGGAACAUUUGUGGACAUAGUAAGAAGUGUCAGAUAAGUGUAUUUUGGAUGCACGCUCCUCCUAUGGCUGGACUUGUGCAUUAGUCCCUCUGACCUCUGACCCCUGAUGAUUCCCUUCCCGCCUCCCUCCUCUGUUCAGAUGCAUGUCUUUGUAAUGAGCUUACAGGAACAAAGCGAAGACAUUCCAUGGACGGGAGUCGAACCUGCAACCUCCUGGUGUUGCCUCUGAGGAAUGCAGCUUGUUCUGUUCAUUGUGGAGGAUUUCUGGACUUUUCCGCCGUGAAUAUAAUGGGAUACUACACUGGGAACUGUCCAGUGCUGAAGCAGGGUAGAGCUUUGACCCUGACCCAAAACAGUGAGUGGACCCGGGUCACGUGGACAGGAGAAUGACAGGUGAAGGACAGGUGAAAGUCAGGUGGACAGGGACAUUUAGGUCCAGUCUCUGCUUUGUCUUCCUGUCUGUGCAUAAUGCCCCAUUCACACAUCAGAACACUCAGCAGUGGCCCCCAUUCACACCCGUCCCAGCUCUGUUCACACAAUAAACUGUGUAUAUAAACGGCUAACCUUCUAGCUGACACGUUCCAAACAGGAAGUGAGCAUGGUGGAUUUGGCUCCAUUGGCUCCAGUUCACUUUUUAUUGAAAAACUGUUGUCCCUCUCUCUGUAACUGCAGCUGUCAGGCUCGUCAUUCUGACCUUGCAAUGUAGGUUUAAACAGGCUCUACAUGAUCCUGGGGUUUUUAUUUCACUCGUUUGACCGUAAAUCAAGAUAUGAAUAUUAAUAACCAACCAAUCUGGGACCUCCAAGUCACUCCCGCUAGCUUAGCAAAAGGUUUGAUUGACAGUAUUGCUAACCGCCCUGCCAAACUAGCGGAGGGUUGGCAGUGGUGUUGCCGUUAACAGCCUCACUUUGGAUUGGCUCUUUGGUUUCUAUCACACUCAGUCGGAAUUCCAAAUAUGGAACUCGGCUCCAGAUUAGGCAUUAUAACCGCCAGCCUCGAUGAGCUUCAUUUGGAGCCAAAUGCUGUGGUCAGUCCACUUCUUUAUACAGUCUAUUGUUCACACAUGACCCUGUUCUAAAACUUUUGUCCAGUUGACUGAACAUAAUUUUCUUUUGCUAUGGAUCAUACCUGAAUGACUGAAGGAUUGACCUGUUCUGUCCAGGUAUAUAACUGCAGGUAAAACUGCUGUGUGAAUGGGGCACAAGAGUCCAUUUUGUCUAUGUGCUAAAUGUGUUUUAACAUGGAUCUUAUUGUCAUAUUUCCACAGCAGCGGCUCAGUCUGGUCCAGUUUAGUCUGGACAAAGUUCAAUUUUUAAACGCGGCCAGAAGAAUUGACAGAAAGACUGAAAUCUGAAGUGACGAACAAAAACAAGCUGCUGCAGUGGAAAUGUUUUGCUCUGAGUCUGUUUCACAGUUUUAUUCUUUGUUUCUGCUGCUGCUGUCGACUCAUAUCAGUCUCUUUGGACUGAAGUUAUUCACAUGGUUAGACUUUGGGUUUAGACCCUGGUUUAGACCCUGGUUUAGACCCUGGUUUAGACCCUGGUUUAGACCCUGGUUUAGACCCUGGUUUAGGCCCUGGUUUAGACCCUGGUUUAGGCCCUGGUUUAGACCCUGGUUUAGGCCCUGGUUUAGACCCUGGUUUAGACCCUGAUUUAGAUUCUGGUUUAGACCCUGGUUUAGACCCUGGUUUAGACCCUGAUUUAGAUUCUGGUUUAGACCCUAUUUUAGUCUUGGUUUAGUCUUGGUUUAGACCUGGUUUAGAUUUUACUUUCUAUCAAGGUAGAUCUUUAUGGUCACAUGGCCGACUUUUUGACCAAUCUGAGAUGAGGAUGGAGCUGCUGUUCAGCUAAUCAGAGAUGAGACAGUUUUCAAAUAUUAAGAAUCAUCUUGUAUUUCAUAAAACACUUUUGGAGAAUUCUUGUUUUGAAUUGUGUUUCUGACUCAGACAGUUUUGCAGCUGAAGCUGACUGUAAAUGUAACUAACUGUAGCACCUGCUUAAGGACUGAUGAGGGUCACCAAAUUAUCUUUUAUUAUUCAUAUUUUUGUUUACAUUAAUGCCACAAAACUAGUUUGAGGAAAUGCGUUUGGUUUUGUGUCUUUUUGAUGGACACUGCUACUGCUGCUUUGGGCCUUGGGGCUACACAUGUUUGACUGAAACAUUAACCGCAGUUCUUUAACUACUCUCCUGUCCUCUGUCAGAGCAAAGUCCCUGUGUGUCAGAUGCCCUCCCUGUGUGUCAGAUGCCCUCCCUGUGUGUCAGAUGCCCUCCCUGUGUGUCAGAUGCCCUCCCUGUGUGUCAGAUGCCCUCCCUGUGUGUCAGAUGCCCUCCCUGUGUGUCAGAUGCCCUCCCUGUGUCUCCAUGGGGUCUUACUCUGUGUAAGCUGCUAACUCUGUAGUUUAGACCUCUACAAACAUGUAUGGGAGUCUUGGAUUUGUUUAAAGUUCAGAUUUCAGUCUCUGCUCCUGGAUGGGUUUAAAGCCUUUUACUGAAUCUUUGUUGAAAAUUGCAAUAUCAUUUUAACUGUACUUUAAUCAUUAUUUUGUCUUUUUUAAAUAUUUGCCACAAUAUGUUGUUUUAUCCAAGGUUGUCUGUCUGAUCUCUGUCUAAGGCCCAAAGUAGCUGGUAUAAAUAAAUGCAUAGUCCAUGUGUAAAAUGCAGUGUCAGUACUUUCAGAUACAUAGUUAGUGUAUGCACAGGUUGUAUCAAGGUCAAAUCUCUACCAACAAAUUACAAACUAAAAACACUAAUGCUGUUGUACUUUGAUAUUUAUUUUGUUUUUUAAAUGUUAAAGAGGGGAUAUUCUGCUCAAUCCAUUUUUUUAUCUUCCCACCAUGUUAUAGCAUUGUUCCCUCAUCAAAAACCUGCCUGAAGAGCUUAUAUCACUCAUGCUCAAUAUACAAAAACACGAUACAAAACUCUACACAGCAACUUCACAAACCUGGUGUGAUGUGCAGCAGUAGCAUUAGUGGGAUGCACGCUGAUGUGUUGUGAUAGUGCUCUGAAGGGGGAGUGACUUAGCACAGAGAGCAAAGAGAGGAGGGACUCAGACCGUCAAAAAAGAAAAUGAAACAAAAAAAACAUGUUAAUAGGUUGUUUUGGGCGAAUAUAACAUUUUAAAACAAUAAAAGGUAACAUGGUGAUCUAAAUAUGUAAUGUGAAUACCCCACAGAAGUCAAAUACCCCCUCUUUAAUAUUUCUAUUAAACACAGAAGCUGGUACUGACUGAUGAUGCUUAUAACACUACUGUAACAAACAUAUGAGUUUAAAUUACUGGAUUUGUAAUAUUUAUUUUCAUUUGAGAAAUUUUGAUUUCGAUUAAAUGUCGUUGCAUUUUGGUAUUUUUGACUUUUUGUCAAAUACUUAGUCUCUGUACCUGAUUUUUACUGUGCUAAUUAUUUACCAUGAUGAGUUUAUAAGUGCUUUUCAUAACUUUCAGAGAGUUUUGUCGUGACGGUAAAGCUAACAAAUACUAGCAUGCUAACAGAGCACUUCCUGAUUCUCGUACAAUAAAACUCUCCGGAAUUGGAUGUGGGCAGUACACAAUUAUCAUAUUUCGACCUCAAGAGCUGCUUAUACAAUAUAUCUACUGGAGCAAGACACUUUUACUCACGUCCAUGGAAAAAAAUCAAGUACAGACCCUUUAAUAUUCUCUGUUUAUUUUAUAUUUUAAGACUGAUAUCGUCCCAGAGACAUAGACAUCACAACAAUAUGAAUGAAACUAUUGCACAUCACAUCAGGCUUGUCAAGUUGUUCUGUAUUGAUUACAGGUUUGUACAGUUACCUGUACAGAGGGUUCGAGUAGGGCCCGAUCGCUAGAUUACUCAAACAUGCAUAGACCUCUUCAGGCAUGUUUUUGAUGAGGGAACGUUAUAACAUGGUAAAAAGAUCCAAAAAAUAAUACCCCCUCUUUAAAUAACUGGAGGAAUUUACAACAGAAUUUAAUGAACAAGUCGAUCAUUCUCAAGUAUUUCUAAGGAGAAGUCAGUCAGUAGAUUCUAGUCAAAAUGUCAGAUCUGUGAAUGGCCCAAAUCACAGUCAUUUGGAGCUCAUGUUUCAGUUCAUGUGUGACUGAGACGUCUCAUGGUUUACAUUUGUCAUGUUCAUGUUUGCUUUUGUAUUUGUGUUUUUAAUUUAUUUUCUUUAAAAAUGUUCCAUUUGCAGAAAAUGCUUUUUUAUUUGUAAUUCUGAUUCUGACGAUUUAAAACUGUUUUAGACAAUACCAAUGUUCUGUGUAAAGUGCAACUAAAUAAAUGAUACAUGCUCA